GGAGAAAUGGAGGGAAAGACAGAAUGCAGCAGAGGGAUAAAGGGUGAAAGGGAGAGAGGAGAGACUGAUAAGGAAAGGAGGAGGAAGAGAAACUGAGUUGGAAUGAGGACUGAGAGGGAAAAAGGGAGGGACACACGCACACACGCCUGCACACACACGCACGCGCGCUCUCAGAGAGAGAGAGAGAGAGAGAGGGAGAGAGAGAGGCGCGCGCGCGCACAACUAAGCAGAAAGCACCGGCUCGCGACAGCGUUUUGGUUUCUGCCUCCGCUCCAGAAUCCGGAUCUUUUUAAACUCCGGGUUUUUUUUAAAAACGAUUUUAAUGUCUUAGUUUCAGAUUUAAGACGUCACAACAUUGGACGGAUUUUAAGCGCGAUGACGCUCGCGGACUAAAACAACAUCAUCACCAUCUUCAUCAUCAUCAUCAUCAUCUCUUUCGCGCGUGUGGAUUAAAGCGGCGGCUUCCUCUCGGCUACAUCAAGCGAAAAGGAAGAAUGAAGACAAGUGAGCAAGUCUCCCUUUUUGGGAGCCAUGGAUGAACGUUGGCCCUUGAAAAUCCUGCCCUGCUAUCUAGGUGAUGAAUGGCUGCUCCAGCGAGUCAAUUGCUCUGUGCUACUUGAUCCGUCACAAGCUGUCUCUGGAUUUAAUAUACGCAGACAUUCAAAGACUGUUGGGUCAUUUCAGUGGAUCUACAUUCUGAAGCGCUACGCUACAUUUUCUGCAUGCGGUCUGAUAACUCGAUGAACCCAAUGAACAUCUUUCUCUCACACACGCUUCUUAUCGCUCUACCCACACUAACCUAAAAAGACGCACACACUAUAUCUGGUAUUUGCAUGCUAAGGAUUUCCCUCACUCAGCGCAUACACUCUGGCCAUGGAAAAAAUCAUUGCAUUUUGUCAAUAAAUGCUGAGGUGUGGUUAACCGGCAGUCUCAGAAGUCAAGCAGAAUCAAUGAACACUCUGUGAGUAAUGAGCGGAUAGCUCUUACAUUUAGUGGGCCAGAGAGGAACCACCUGCCAAAACCAAGCUGUGAACUUGGCUUUUCUUUCCUCUUUCAGACUCACAUUUCCAUUGCAAAGUAGUUCAGCUCCAGCCUUGGUUUGAAUUGUAUACCUUUUCAAACUGGAAUUAUUACAUCUCUUCAAGAAACAAAAAAAAAAAACCCUGAAUACACCCUGUAAUCUCCAGGACUGACUGUUUCACACCAGAAUUAUACUGCAGCAGGAAAACCCAGACUCGCAAAGCCAAUCGCACUCUCAAGGAUUACGAAGACACGAAGCCUUUCAAUUUACAAUAUCGUAAUUACGUCUGGCAGAAAGCAGCUUCUGCACAAAAGGAAAGAGAGCACUUUACAUAAAGUAACUAGUUAUCAGGUAAUUGAAAAGAGACUCAUUUUGACCCAUAGCUAGAGUGAAAAAGGGACAACAUAGCAGUGAGUCAGCGGUAGUGGUGGUGGCCCUCGCCAUGGUGCUGCCACCACCAGACAAACGACAUGUCUGUCUCACCACCAUUGUCAUCAUGACCAGCAUGGCUUUCAUGGAUGCCUACCUGGUGGAGCAAAACCAGGGGCCACGCAAGAUUGGCGUCUGUAUCAUCGUCCUAGUUGGAGACGUGUGUUUCCUCAUUGUGCUCCGAUAUGUAGCUGUGUGGGUGGGAGCUGAGGUACGGACGGCACGCCGCGGCUACGCCAUGAUCCUCUGGUUUCUCUACAUCUUUGUUUUGGAGAUCAAGCUCUACUUUGUUUUCCAAAACUGCAAGGCUGACCGCAAAAGUCUGGAGACCGUAGCAAGGAAGGCUCUGACUUUACUCCUCUCUGUGUGUGUACCAGGCCUUUAUUUAGUCCUGGUGGCUCUUGACAGCAUGGAAUAUGUUCGGACAUUUAGGAAGAAGGAGGAUAUGAGAGGAAGACUCUUCUGGGUUGCUUUGGACCUGCUGGACUUGCUUGAUAUCCAGGCAAACCUUUGGGAGCCCCAGCGAACAGGUUUGCCCAUUUGGGCAGAAGGGCUGAUGUUCUUCUACUGCUACAUCCUUCUUUUGAUUCUACCAUGUGUGUCAUUAAGUGAGAUCAGUGUGCAGGGAGAAAAUGUGUCACCACAGAAGAUGAUGCUAUACCCUAUGCUCAGCUUGGUUACAAUCAACGUGGUCACCAUCCUCAUACGCGGCGUUAACAUGGUGCUCUUUCAGGACAGCCGGGUCUCCACCAUCUUUGUUGGCAAAAAUGUGGUGGCAAUAGCCACCAAGGUGUGCACCUUCCUGGAGUAUCGGAAACAGUCUCGAGAAUUCCCGGCACGUGAAAACGCAACUGGUAUUCCAAUGGAGAUCCAGCAGAACUCAGUGGGACACGGACAGGCUCUGCCGAAUGCAACAAGCCUCCCACAUGAACCUACGCCAGUGCAGGAGAUUAUCGACACAUGACCAAGUAACCAAUUAGAAUCGAGUCAUGAAGGCUCCAACCUGGCACAGUUCUACUUGAUGAAUGCAUGAGAGAGGGGACUUGUGGUAUUAUUGGUAUCAUUUCUGAGUAUUUGGACAGCUUUUCAACUGGGACAUAUGGAGGAAAUGAAAAAAAAACAUACAUAAACAAGCUGAAAUGUCAAGGUGCAGCAAAACAGAUUUCUACUGACUGAGCUGGCAUAUUUGAGCCAGAAUUUCCCUCUGUAAUGGCUGAGUGACAUCAGCUCAACUUGUUUUCCUUUCAAGAACAUAUGUGAGUGUGGGAUUUUUUCUUAUGCUGCAUUCCUUGCUGCGUCAGGUACUCACCAGAUAUCAGCAUCUCUCUAAAUUGGCUCCUGCAAUGUAAAAUGACUUUGGAAAGGUGUAGGAUUGAAGAAAGAAAGCAGCAAUUGAUUUACAACUGAGAGGAGGCUCUUUGGAAAUGUCUGGGUGUUUUUUUGCUAGGAUGAUCAUUUUGACAAGUGGCUAGUAAUUGAGAGUGUUCAACUGCUGCAGCAGUUGAGGCUUGUGGUUGUGCAUACAGGGAUUGUGUGGGCCAGUGCGAGGAUUGGAUAAUGACGAUAGAGUAAAAGAGGGACUUUGUCAAACUCAGCACAGAAAGAGAGACAAAAAAAUCUUGAUCUGAUAAAACCAUUAUGAUAUAUAAUCUAUGUACAUUCCCUCACAAAAAGCCUUGAAGGUCAGUGAAUGCACUCACAGAGCUUAUUUGGUAAAAGCAUACAAGUAAACAUUAUUAUUAUUAUUAUUAUUAUUAUUGUUAUUAUUAUUAUUAUUGUUGUUGUUGUUGUUGUUGUUGUUGUUAUUAUUAUAUAUUAUUAUGUACUAGUGUGUACGUCAUUUAUACAUUUUAUG